AUGUCUCUCAGCCAGCACAUCGACCCCGAGGAGCUCAUCGAGCAGGCGGCGGACCACCCGAUUCUAGGCCUGCUCGAGCAUCCGGCGGGCAAGCAUGCACGUGCGUACCACUCUGGCGCGCACGCAGGUCGUUACGUCACGGAACCUAUCCCCAAGUACAAGAUUCCUCAGAAAGGUACCGAUGCCGAAGCCACUUAUGAGCUUCUCUCGUCCGAGCUUAGCCUGGACGGCAAACCCACGCUGAACUUGGCCUCGUUCGUUCACACGUGGAUGCCCAAAGAAGCUACCAAACUCAUGUCGGAAACCAUGAUGGUUAACCUGUGUGACCAGGAUGAGUAUCCAGCCACCAUGUCUUUUCAUAAUCGCGCGGUAUCGAUGCUUGCUGAUCUGUGGAAGGCGCCCACGGAGAAGGAUGAAAACGGCAAGCGAAAGCCGGCGAUGGGUGUUGCUACUACGGGUUCGUCCGAGGCGAUUAUGCUCGCGUGCCUCGCCGCCAAGAAGCGCUGGCAACACAGGAUGAAGGCGCAGGGCAAGUCGUUCAAGGAACCUGGUCCCAACAUGGUAUUCGGCUCUAACGCGCAGGUGGCCAUCGAGAAGUUCGCACGCUACUUUGACGUCGAAGAGCGUCUGGUUCCAGUGAGCCACGAGUCGCGCUACUGCCUAGACAUCAACAAAGCCAUCGAGAUGGUGGACGAAAACACGAUCUGCGUAGUCGUCAUUCUGGGCUCCACCUACACGGGCCACUACGAAGACGUCGAGGGUAUGAGCAAGCUGCUGGACGAGUACGAGAGCAAAACUGGCAUCUCGAUCCCGAUCCAUGUCGACGGUGCAUCUGGUGCCAUGGUCGCGCCGUUCGCUACACCGGAGCUCAAGUGGAGCUUCGAAAUUGCGCGCGUAGCCAGCAUCAACACGUCUGGUCACAAGUUCGGCAUGGUCUACCCUGGCCUUGGCUGGGUGCUGUUCAGGGAUAACGAGCAGGUGCCCAAGGAGCUCAUCUUUGAACUGCACUACCUCGGCUCAGUCGAGUACUCGUUCGGUCUCAACUUCUCGCGUCCUGCACACCCGGUUAUUGGACAGCUGUUCAACUUUAUCAAUCUCGGCUUUGAAGGCUAUCGACGCGUGAUGCAGUCUGACCUGCAGAAUGCACGACUUCUCUCUCGAGCGCUUGAAAACUCUGGGCUCUACCAGGUCUUGUCUGAGAUUCACAAGCCCGUGUCUAGCCCAUCCGCUGCUACUGGCGCUGCUGCGCUGAUCCAACAGGCCGGAUCCAAACUUACGUCAUCUACGCAGAGCCAUGAACAGCUCAAUCAACACUCGGCUGAGAUGUACCGACCCGGUCUGCCCGUUGUCUCGUUCCGCUGGUCCGAAGACUUCCGCAAACGUAACCCAAAUCUCGAACAACGCUGGAUGCAAACCCUUCUGCGCGCCAAAGGCUGGAUCGUCCCCAACUACAACCUCUCCCCUGACCUUGAACACAUCGACAUCCUCCGCGUAGUCGUCAGGGAAAAUCUCAGCGAGACUAUGAUCGAGCAACUCGUCUACGACAUUAUCACCAUCACACAGAGUCUCGAGAAACAGGCCAACGACGGCGGUUUCAGACAUCUCGCCGAGCUCACCAGCUCCAAGCAUGACGAUUCUACCGCUGCCAAGGACGCCGAAAAGAGCACAGGCCACCACAACGCUGCUCACGACAAGCACAGAGGCGGUCUGCCAAAAGAUAGCGGUGUACAGGCAAAAGGUUACGCCAAGCAGUGUUGA